AUGGUGCACUCUCAAGUCGUUGUUAUCGGCUCCGGCCCCGGCGCUCACACUGCCGCCAUUUACCUUUCGCGCGCUGAGCUCAGCCCUGUCCUCUAUGAGGGUAUGCUUGCCAACGGCACCGCCGCCGGCGGUCAGCUCACCACCACCACCGACGUCGAGAACUUUCCCGGUUUCCCCGACGGUGUCGGCGGCCAAGAGCUGAUGGAGAAAAUGCGCAAGCAAUCCGAGCGCUUCGGUACCGAGAUCAUCACCGAGACCAUCUCGAGGAUCGACCUGUCCCAGCGUCCCUUCAAGAUGUGGACCGAGUGGAGCGACGGUCCCAACGACGCUCCCGCUCGCACCGCCGACGCCGUUAUCAUUGCUACUGGCGCCAACGCCCGCCGCCUGAACCUGCCCGGCGAGGAAACCUACUGGCAGAACGGUAUCAGUGCCUGCGCCGUCUGCGACGGUGCCGUGCCCAUUUUCCGCAACAAGCCCCUGUACGUGAUCGGUGGUGGUGACUCUGCCGCUGAGGAGGCCAUGUUCCUGGCCAAGUACGGCAGCAGCGUCACCGUGCUGGUCCGCAAGGACAAGCUGCGCGCUAGUAAGGUCAUGGCUGAGCGCCUGCUCGCCCACCCCAAGUGCAAUGUGCGCUUCAACACCGUCGCCACCGAGGUUAUUGGCGAGAACCGGCCAAACGGCCUCAUGACCCACCUCCGCAUCAAGAGCACUAUUGACGACAAGGAGGAGAUUGUGGACGCCAACGGCCUGUUCUACGCUGUUGGCCACGACCCCGCCAACGCUCUGGUCAAGGGCCAGGUCAAGCUCGACGAGGAUGGUUACAUCGUUACCCAGCCCGGCACCAGCUUCACCAGCGUGCCCGGUGUCUUCGCCUGCGGCGACGUUCAGGACAAGCGCUACCGCCAGGCCAUCACCAGUGCCGGCUCCGGCUGUGUCGCCGCCCUCGAGGCUGAGAAGUUCCUCGCUGAGGGUGGUCACUCUGAACCCAAGGUCGAGGUGGAGAGCGGUGCUGCCGAGUACAAGUCCAACCCGGCUCUCUAA